ACUUAACCCGAAACCCCUCAUCACUGGGCAAUCGCUCGGUGGGUUGUCCAGUACGUGAGUCGCGGCCGGUGGGUCAAUGCCGCCAGUGGGGCACUGGAGCGGUGAGCGGUCAUUCAGCGGUCCAUUGAUGAAACGGAGUAGAAGCCGUGUGCACAGCAGUUACAACCCCUUGUGCAGUUGUUGACGAGCUAUUAAAAAGCCAUAUAAACAAACAGAAAGCUCUCCAGCGAUCCGCUGAAUGAACGGCGAGAGCUGUGGAGGAUUGGCGGGUGAGCUGUCGAUUGUCUUUCAAGUGGGCAAACAUAAACACCAGAAGACUAUGGGUAGGGGUAUCCAAAGGUACCUACAUACAUAUGCUGGCAAGCAACAGGUUAUUGCAAUUCAGCGAAAAAACAACGGCCCCCGACGACAACAAUGCGACGAAAAACCACGUCGCUGCCGGAGACACACAGCCGCAGUCAGAGCCAAAAAAACGGAAAAAAUGUGCGGCGCAUCCAGAACGACGGCUACAACGUGGAGCGCCACUCGGUGACGACGAAGGACGGAUACGUGCUGACCCUGCACCGCAUCCCGCAGGUGGAUCCCGAUCUGGGCACCCUGCUGAAGCGCCCUGUCGUCUUCCUGCUCUCCGGACUCUACGCCUCGUCGGAUGUAUGGAUUCUCAACGGGCGAGAGGACUCGCUGGCGUACCUCCUUUGGCGCGCCGGAUACGACGUGUGGCUGGGAAACAACAGGGGCAACAUUUACUGCCGAAAGAAUAUGUGGACGAACACGACGGAACGCGAGUUCUGGGACUUUAGCUGGCACGAGAUGGGCGUCUACGACUUGCCCGCUCAGGUGGACUACGUGCUCCGGACAACCGGACAGAGGGCCAUGCACUUUGUGGGCAUCUCGCAGGGUGGCACUGUCUUCCUGGUCCUCAACUCGAUGAUGCCGCAGUACAAUGCCGUCUUCAAGAGCGCCACUCUGUUGGCCCCGGUGGCCUAUGUGAGCAACACCAAGAGCGGACUGGCCAAGGUCAUCGGUCCGGUGCUGGGCACCCGGAACUACGUCUCCAAGAUGCUCGAGGGCGUGGAGAUGUUCUCCACGAAUAAGUUCUUCAAGAAGUUCCUUUCGAUGACGUGUCUGGAGAACGAGAAGCCGCUGGUCUGCAUCAGUCGCCUGUGGCCAGCCGUGGGCUACGAUACAAGGUUCCUCAACAAGACCCUUCUGCCUGAUCUGAUGGCCAACUUCCCGGCGGGCGGAUCAGUGAAACAGCUGAUGCACUACUUCCAGGGCUACGUGUCCACGCGAUUCCGGCAGUACGACUACGGCCCGGAGCGGAACUGGCUGCACUACCAGCAGCUGGAGCCACCGGAGUACGCGCUGGAGAAGGUGUCCACACCAGUCACCGUUUUCUUCUCGGAAAACGAUUAUAUUGUGGCUCCGGCGGACAUCUGGCGACUGCUCACCCGGCUGCCCAACGUGGACGCAGUGUACAAGGUUCCCUGGAAACGGUGGAACCACUUCGACUUCAUCUGCGGAUUGGGGGUCAGGGAGUACAUCUUCGACAACAUAGUCCUCUCCAUGAAUCGAUACGAACAGCGACGACGCUAAGAGGGGGAAGCCAGGAAGCCGGCGGGAAUGGAUCACAGCCAGAACUAUCACUAGUGCCAAAAACAAUGUAGAAUUACGAAUCUGAGUCUGCGGUUGAUUCGGCUAGAUCAACUCUGGAUAUAUGUACUGAUUAAAAAAUAAAUAAUUUAUAGAUUA